AUGAUUAAUAAUGUCUUUCCCCCUGAAAAUGCUCCUGUUAAACAUUUCAAAUAUGUCGAUGAUCUUACAUUAAUCGAGUAUCGUAAUAUUGUUAACCAAUCUGAACUUCAAUCAUGUGCAACUGCGCUACAUGAUUGGGCUUCAGGUAGCAAUAUGAAGCUUAACCCCAAGAAAUGUUGUACUAUGGACAUUAGUUUUAGUAAAAGGAACUUUAUUCCUUCAUCUAUUUCUCUGAAUGAUCAUUUUCUGAAAGCAGUUGACACUGUUAAAGUUCUUGGAGUUAUGCUUCAGGCUAAUCUUAAAUGGGAUUCACAUGUCGAAUAUAUUGUCAAAAAGGCUAAUAGUAAAUUAUAUAUUUUAAGAGCCCUUAAACAUCAUGGUGUUCCCCCUGUUGACCUUAUCACUGUUUACAUUAGUACAGUCCGUCCUAUUUUAGAAUAUGCAGUUCCUAGAAAAGGACGACCACCCUUGCAUCAUCAAGAUUAUGAAAACUCAGAUGAUAUCAAUCUAUCUAGACCAAGUCGACCUGCAAAGGUCAAGAGUGAGCCAGUGAAGCGUGAAGGACCAAAAUGGAGCCCUAGUCGCCUUACCACAGAAACAGAAUUUGUGAUGGGCGCCAAAGCAAAUAAAGCUCUUGGUUUAGGAGCAACAAGGGGCAGACUGUAUAUGAAACACCCUAAUCUCUUCAAGUAUUCUGGUGAUCAAGAUGAUAAACAGUGGUUGUAUGACAAUAGGUUGAUGCCUGCGACUGGUGGCAAGGCCUACCUACUGAUCAAGGAAGACAUUCUAGAGUUAUCAGAAACCUCAGAUUACAGAAACAACACUCUUCUACUUUAUGAGCUAAAACCAUUUGUAGUACCGGAAAGAAUGCUGCAGAAAAUGCGCAAAUUCAUGGAAAUGCAUCGGACAGACAGUACACCAGGAGAUUGAUAAAAACAUGGUGUGCUUACAGUGCACCUGGUCCAUGAUGAUGCAUAUGUGUCCAAUUAUUAACACCUGAUAAUUGAUGACCUGAUGUCAUUGUCAGUACACCUGGCAUGAACCUGGCCUAACAUUACACCUGUUUAUAAAUGAUUACUAUGUGUCCAUAUAGUAAUCCUGACACUUCUAAAAGAACAGGUGUCCAUACAUGUACACCUGCCAUGAAAGACUAGGUGGCUUUUGUCAUCAUCAAUGACCCAUAGUAUUUGCAAUAUAUCUGAUCAUUGAUGACCAGGUGGCAUUUGGCAGUACGUCUAGUCAUCAGUGAUCAAGUGUAAAAGUACUUGAAAUACACUGAUCAUUUCUUGCCAGGUGUUCUUAUUAGUGCACCUGGCUUGAAUGACUGGUGGCAUAUG